CAAAUGGUCCUUAAGGACUCAAGACACACUCAAGACUCCCAGAGACACCCAGGCAUAAGACAGAAAGCAACUGUGGAGGAGGGAGAAGCAACUGUGGAGGAGGGAGAAGGUUCCAUCAAAUAUUCAUCAUGGACUCCAUGGCAGCAGCAACUACAGCUGAUCAAGCUUUCGAGGACUACAGCAUCUACAGCUUAUCUGAUGGUGAACUGAUUCAGCUGGCCAUUGAACGCAACCUGAGUGAUUUCUUCAGCCCUUCCUCAGAGCACUCACAGAGGUCAUCUUAUUCACUAGCUGCAGCAAGCCAACCUAUGCCCUUUGAGCAUGAAGCCAUGCCAACAUUUCAGAGACAAACAGCUUUACACACUCAGAACAUCCCUCCUGCUGCCAAUCCACAUCAAACCGCCAAUCACCCCAGCCAAAACCGGACGGAGAGUUCAUAUAACUGUGCUGGAGACGGAGUGAGGGUGUGUUCUUGGACGAAAAGCAAAAAUGGAGGUUUGCAAGUUAGACUGAAACCAAUGGAGGACAUGUCUGCUAUACAAUCAGCCAUCUGGAGGAAUGAUGCCCCAAAACUCCUUGAAGUAUUGCAGGAACAGCCUUCUGACGCUCUGAGUACACCAAACAAAAACGGCUGGAUACAUUUGCAUGAAGCUGCAUACUAUGGUUAUGAGGAAUGUUUGAGAGUGCUAAUAAAAGCCUUUCCUAAACUAAUCAACAAACGUACCAACAAGCGCCAGACACCUCUAGUGUUGGCUGCUGCCGGCAAAAACCCGUUGUGUGUCCAGUGUCUUCUUGAGGCAGGAGCAGAUCCCAAUACAGCCGACAAUGUAGGAGAAUCACCUCUCUACACAGCUUGUGAAAAUGCAAAUGAGGAAAUAGUGGAGCUUCUUCUGAGGUUUGGAGCCAAGGUCUCACAUGCCAACGCAGAAGGAAUGACACCAUUACAUGAAGCGGUGCGACACAAUAGUCUUCGCAUGGGCAAGCUUCUAGUGACAGCUGGAGCAAACAUAAGAGCCAGGAACAUUUACGGCAUUGAACCACUAUUCAUGGCUGCCCAGGGAGGAUGCACAGAAGUACUGAACCUUCUCAUUGAACAUGGAGCCUAUACUGACUGUCAAGCUAGGGAUGGAGCAACACCUUUAUUUGAAGCUUCCAAGAAUGGCCAAGAAGAGGUGGUGAGGCUGCUUCUGUCUAAAAGAGCAAAUGUGAACAAAACAACCAAAGCAGGACUAACUCCUCUACACAUUGCUUCAAAGAAUGGGCAUGCUAGAAUCGUGUCCUUACUGAUUCCACAUACGGACAAAGUGAUCAGGCUAGAAAGUGGCAUUAGUCCACUCCACCUUGCAGCAGAGCAUAACAGAGAGGAUAUCUUGGAGAUUCUCAUCAAUGCGGGCUUUGAUGUCAACUCUGUGCUGAAGAAUGACCACUCCCAGAUUUAUGACGACUGGUGCUGCUCAGCCCUCCACUUCACUAUAUGCAACAGCAACAUAGACACAGCCUCCAUGCUGCUGGAGGCAGGCGCUGACCCCAAUCUGGAUGCUUUCAACCCUCUUCUGGUAGCCGUGAGACAGGGAAAUAAAGAGAUGGUGUCUUUGCUGGUGGAGUACGGUGCCAAUGUGAAUGCCUGCGUGCCAACACUCCCCACUACCUUUCCUGGAGCUCUGCUCUUUUGUAUGAAGCACACCCUGAUGUUCAAGUUCCUGCUGGACAAUGGAUGUGAUGCCAACGCCUGUUUCUCAUGUGUUUAUGGAGGCAGCCCACAUCCUCCAAUCAAGAGCCGGCUUACUACUAGGAAUGAGCUGGACCUUGAUGAAAUUCCUCAGAGCGAAGUUGCACAGUUCUGUGAGAUUAUAGCAGAUCCCCUUUACACCUAUUGGGCAGGACCUAUACUUGACCGUCUCCUUGAUUACACUGGUCCUGUGAAACUGUGUUCUAGAAUCACAGAAAUUCUUGAGAGCAGCAAGGAGUGGGUGUACAUCAAAGAAAAAUCAAAGCCAUCCUUCUUCCUGAUGCAUCUGUGCCGACUGAGGAUCCGCCAGCUGGUGGGAUGUCAGAGGCUGAGGAGAAUGACAAGCCUUCCUCUGCCUGGCCGACUCAUCAAGUACCUAUUCUACGACAACGGAGAAUCUGAGAAUCUUUGAUUGAGUGUUUAUGUGUGUGUCUCUUAACUUAAGCACUGACUGUCAGUCAAUAAUCUAACCAACAAAAGCUUGAUUAUCUACAUCUUUCCCGAACUCUGAUCUUGUUUGAUUGUUGCCUCAGAGCGGAAGCCAGAAUCUGUCUUCCGCUCCACAGUAUUUACAUUUAUAGCUAACUACUACUGUAGUUGAAGUUCAGAGAUGACUAAAAUCUGUGAAUUUAAUAAAAGGGAUUGCUGGUUAUGUGCCGAUAGAUAAUCCAAAGCGGACAACGGUUUGCAAAAGUACUAAUAACCUGUCGAAUGGCCUCUCUAAUGGCCAAGGAUUUUUGGGUUAGCUGGUCUAUGGCUAAGUUAAGUGCAACAGCCUAACUGGAGGUGUGAUGAUGAAGCAGAAGGUUAACUUGUUGUUACAGGAGCUGUGUUCCAGUAAUAGGAAGUUGCUAUGUUCUCUGAUUUAUGUAUUUUAACUAUUCUAUUUUAUGUACUUUAUUUUUCCCUUUAUUUCCCUUAAACUAUUGCCCUGUCAUGCUUCGCUGCGCGUCAAUGUCCUGUUCGCCCUGUCUGGACUUAUUUUUCGAUAAUGACCGGCGAACAAUAUAUUAUCCUUUACUUCAACAGAGAAUUUCAGAGUCCCCACCUUGUUGUAGGCUAGGCUACCUUCAAUUUAUCACUUUCGCUUUGCUGUGAAACUUGCACUCUAAUAGUCAAAACUGUCAUCAACGUAGAUGAAAGGGCCAUGAGUCAGUUCACGUCUUGAAAGUUUGACAUCCCAAAAGCCUUUUAUUUUAUUUUGGAACAAGCCACCGUUUGGGACUAUAUUAGGGCGAAGCAUAGGCGAAGUACUGCUACUAUUACUAUAUUAUUAAUAAUAAUAAUAAUAAUAAUAAUAAUAAUAAUAAUAAUAAUAAUAAUAAUAAUAAUAAAAAAUAUAGCCGCAAGCGGCAAUGGCGGGCCUGAGCACCUGCGGGCCGCAACCCAUGACAUUUUGGAAUCCAACAAAGCACCGACGUGGUGCAUUUGUAAAAUGUACAUAUUUGAUGCGUGUGCUAUUUGUUGCAUUUUAUUUUCUGGCACAUUUACUCGCUUGGCCAUGUGGGGGUGCAAUGCAAAGCAGACCCAUUGGGUGCCAUCAUAAUCAUAAUAUAUAUUAACCUGAGAAAUUUCAAACCAUUCAUUUUAAGCAAAGAACAUUUCUGAUACACUUUUAGGUUGACCAGAUGGUGGUGCUAUGUUAGGCAUGGAAAUUACACAUGUGAAUAUCAUCAAAAUAAUUAUAUUUUAAUUAAUAUUUUGUUAAUAAAUUCCAAAAACUAUUCUGACUUUGGCCAGCUGGUGGCGCUAUGCCAGACAGGCAUAUGGGAUGUUUGGAUGUCAUGUACACCUAAUCUGAUUAAUCUGAUGCAUCUGAUUGUGAUAUCCAACAGAAGUGGAAAAAACACAUUCCUUCUCUUGCCAAUUGGUGGCGCUAUGCAAGGCAACUCGGUGAGUUGCACAGUUUUAAAAAUCAACGUUAAGGGUUGUUUUAGGACAUGUUUCAGCAUGCCUAGGCAGCCACUCUGACUAGUCAAAGGCGAUUCAAAACGAGUCAGAAAAGUCGAGACAGGACCAAUCGUCAAAAUUUUGGUGUCCACCACUCUAGUUCAUCCAAAACAAACCAGAAAAGGGACUCAAAGUGCUAAAUGCCGGAAUUUUCCUUUAAGCAGCACAGGUGCUGAGCACCACAGCUGUGACAUCAGACUAGCAUUUGGCUUAGAAGGCCAAACUUUAUGGAGGGAAAGAGCAAAACUCAAGAAGACACCUCUGACACCUCAGAAUUUGAUAGUUCCAGUUAAACAGCUUCUCAAAGAUGCUAUAAAGAUGCCCAGGUGCCGAGCCCCACAGUGACAGCAGGUACAGUAUAUGUACCUACUGUAUUUGUACCUAUUGUACGUAGCUUUAGGUAAACUCCCUGGAAAAGCCGUUCAUACAGUUUGUAGAGGUUGAAGACAACUUGUUUGACUCCUUUGAUGGAAGGUGCAAAACUACUCAAGCGGCAAAAUUCUGGCCAUCUGAUUUUUUUCAAUUUUUUGAGGCAUGCAUUUCAGUUUGGUUUUGAAAUGGGAACUACACCACAGCACUGUACAAGACCCUACAGUAUAAAAUGGUUGCAAGAUAUAAAAAGAUUCCAUGCUGUUACAUGCUUCAUGUCACGAUUAAAUCUUGUGUUAAAUAAAA